AUGCACAGUGGAUCUUUAAUCUUUAUGUGUCGCAAUAAUGAUGCCAUCUUUUGUAUCUUUGAUGACCUGAAAACACAAAUUCGUGAACUUAGGGAAUCCAUAGAGUUGCCUUUAAUGAACCCUGAACUCUUCAUAAGGGUUGGAAUCAAGCACCCAAGAGUGUUCUUCUGUAUGGACCUCCUGGUACUGGCAAGACAUUACUAG